AUGUCUUUCUUCGGUGGUCAGAGCUCUGGCGCGGGCGCCUCAUCGGGAGGAGGCCUGUUCAACCUCAAUACUACAGUCGGCGGCGGCGUUGAUGCACAAGGCAAACGAAAGUCGGUCUUUGAUGCUGGCAGCUCACAGUCCAACAACCAGCCAGCAGGUGGUCUCUUGGGCAGUACUCCAGCGAGCAGCAGCACUCCCUCGUUAUUCGGCGGUGGCGGCGCAAGCACCUCCAACAAGCCUGCAUCAACACUUGCGCCGUCUGGUGGAGGCCUCUUCGGUGCGAACAACACUACGACAACAAGUGCUCCCGCGGCUGGAGGGCUAUUCGGCACAGCAACAACAAGCACAGCUCCUGCUGGUGGCCUCUUCUCUUCGACAACUACAACAGCACCAAGCGGUGGCCUGUUUGGUACAUCCGCCACCACCGCCGCCCCGUCCGCCUCCAUCUUCGGCAACAAUGCAGCCAAUGCAAGCUCAACACUCGGCAGCUCACUGUUCGGCGCCAAUCCUUCACAGCCAGCACAGAACACUUCCUUCCUCGGAGGCACACAGUCGACCCAGCAGAAUCAAAACGACGCCGCCGCGGCCAACCCGACCCAGACAAGAGAAGGAGCAUAUUUCAACAGCCUAUUAGAGCGUCAGAAGAAGAAGGUCAAGCUGGACUCUAAUGACCCAAACCUCCGACGAAGUCAGCUGCCGAACCUCAAUAUGGACCUAGGAGAUCUUGCUCGGCGCGCACAAGAGCUCGGCAACCGAGGACAGACUACUGAUGGUAGCGAUAGUCGCGCUCACUAUCUACUCGCAGGGUCAGGUGUUGCACCAGGUCAAUCCUCGCGAGGAUUCAAGCCAUUCGAGCAAGAUGCACCUGCUCAAAAUUAUGCUGCCAUGCCUGAUCACGUGUUCGAGACCGAAACAUACAUCCGGAAUCUACAAGCAAAGGGGCGAGAUGCCAUCAUGCGCGAGAACAUGGAGCGGGUCUACAAGGAGGUCGAUGCCUACAUUGAACAGUCCCUAGGCGUCGAUUUUGAAGAGCAGAAAACCCGGAUAAUGAGACACUUUGGUCUACUGAAAGACGACGAGGGCCAGACAGGAGCCAAUCAGUCAUCAGCCUUUGGCCGAAAGAGUGCAGCGGGCGGCGAGAAGACCAGAAGUGUCUUUGGUCGCUCUGGUCUGAACAAGUCCAUCAUUGGGAGUGCUGGCUCCAUCAAUGGCACUUCUGCCUUCUUCCGGGGCACCGUUUCGUCGACCAAGGGAGGCGCCUUGCAGCGAGGUCAGAACGCUCGAGAUCUUCGUGACAAGGAACGGAUGUUUAUUGAGCAGGUCGAACAGUUCAACUCCGCCCGUAUUAGUCGGAACGAGUGUACUGCAUAUCCAAUCAUGGAGAGAUUCGGUCAGGUCGAGGCGAAUGCAGGAGGAGAUUCUCCGCCUCAGCUGGCUGAAGCAUACAGCGCACUUCGUGAGAUAACCAAGGAAGGUGGAUCGGUAACAGAGCGUCAGUAUGCUGCAGCUUACAUACACCAAGCGCGCGGCCCAGAGCUGCCAGAUGCCAUCAGCAAGCAGAUCUUGGACGGUGCUCGCUCACAUCUUGAGAAAUCUUUCUUCCGCGAGGUCGAGAGCAUGAUUGAGAAAAACCCACGUGAAGCUCAACUCGGUGGCCAGCCUACCGUCAUCAACAAGAUCCGAGCAUACAUCCGAGUUCGAGCCGCACGCAGAGAUCUUGCUCCAGAUGGUGCCGAACUGCAGCAAAUUGGUGAUAGUGGUGAAUAUUGCUGGAUCCUGAUUUUCUACCUCAUUCGAGCAGGAUACGUUAAGGAAGCUUCAGAAUAUGUCAACAACGAUCCGGCCUUCAGAUCCACCGACACGCGCUUCGUGUCGUACAUGUCGAGCUAUGCCUCGUCACCAGAUCGAAAGCUGACUAAGAACUUGCAACCGAUGAUUGAUGGCGAGUAUUCACAGCGAGUAAAAUUGGCUCCAAAAGGCACAGUCGAUCCUUAUCGUAUGGCAUGCUACAAAGUGGUUGGCCGAUGCGAUCUCGACUCUCGUAAUCUGGAAAGCAUCGGUCAAGGCAUCGAAGACUGGCUGUGGCUACAAUUUGCGCUGGCUCGACAGCUAUCUCGCAGUGAUGAUCUGGCAGGCACACCAUUUGGACUCGAACAGAUUCAGGAGACCGUCACUGAGAUUGGAGAGAAGCAUUUUCCACGAGGACAAUCAGAUGCUUCGACCGCAUAUGGCACAUUCUUCCUCUUGCAGGUCCUCGCUGGCAUGUUCGAGCAAGCGAUUGACUACCUGCAUGGUUUCAACCCAGUCAGCGCUGUACACUUUGCCAUAGCUCUCGGCUACUAUGGUCUACUGCGACCCGUGGCAGACUUUACAGCUGCGGCGAACGAGCUCUUGUACCGAACCACAACCGAACAAUAUCAAAUCAAUUUCGUCCCUCUCAUUGCAUACUACACAGCCGGCUUCCGAAUAGCCCUUCCAGUCGCUGCGGUGGAUUACCUCUCUCUGAUCUGCCUGAAUGCCGACCUCAAGCCACAUGGCGACGACCAGAUUCGCGCCUGCCACGAAUCACUACGCGAACUCUGCCUCGAGACCCGCGAAUUUGCUCGUCUGCUCGGCGAUAUUCGCAGCGACGGCGCUCGAGUGCCCGGUGCCAUCGAGCAGCGCCGAGCACUGAUCAAGAUCGACAGCAAACAAGAAUUCUUACGCUCCAUCAUCACCCAGUCUGCCGCCGUGGCAGAUCAACGCGGUCAGAUCGCGGACGCUGUCCUGCUUUAUCAUCUUUGCGAAGACUACGACAGCGUCGUUGGCGUCCUUUGCCGCGCAUUGGCGGACGCUGUGUCUCUUGAUCUUGGCGAGUCGCCUAUGCAACUGCAACCAUUGAAGCCACGGAGCGAUCAGGAGUCUGCCACACUCAGCCCGCAGUCGUCAGGCCCAACAUCUUCUCUGUCGCUUACCCAGUCCACCACGUCACCGAUCGAGCUCGCAAAGAACAUGGCUGCCCUGUACAACAAGACCGAGGCCUACUUCGGCAAGAUCUCCCACGCGAAUCGGGAGACCUGUGGUGGCCUCCUGCGACUAGCCGCCAUCCGCACACACCUCGAGGCUGAUCCACCGAGAUACAUGCCUGCCCUUCAAGAACUCAACGAGCUGGACGUCCUGCCCCUGGAAGCCAAAGGCUCGAUCCCAAAGAUCAGAAGCGCUGCAUCUAUGUUCGGCGCUAUGCCCCCCUUACUGGCGCGCUGUAUCGGCGUGGCGGUCGUGUGGGCGGUCAAGGCGAUUGGCGGUGAACGAGAGCGUAUUGUGCGGCAGGGGAGUUGGGAUGCUGGAUAUGGCAAUGAAGGAGAUGGGGUCAAGGAGCAGUUGGGCUCGAUGGCCAAGGAUUUGAUGGUCUUUGCUGGCUUGGUCAAAUACAAGUUGCCAAGCAGGGUCUACGAUAUGCUCACCAAGGCUGGAGGGGAUGUUGGUGGAUAUUGA